AACACAUUUUAUCCACAUAAAUUAUAUCUUCCCUGGCCGCAGAAAGUGUGUGGCUCACUUUCUUGCUUUUCCCGUGGAGGAGGACCCACUGUUGAUCUUAUAUUCCCCUCUCUCUUUGUGCGCCCUCCCGGUUCUCCAUUCGCCAGACGCGGAGCAGAGCCGCAUUACCAUCAUCAUCAGCGCUCGCGCUGCCUCUGUGUCUCUGCGCGUGCAGUCAGGACCCGUGUGCCCUGCUAUCCCACCACCAUGAAUUCGGAUAUUAACAUGUACUUGGGGCGAGAGAAAGCGGGGAUCAUGCGAAAGAGAGCCCUGCUACUCAGGAAAGGCUGCAGUUUCGAAAUAACGAGCUCAGCAUCAGAGGAUCUUGGGUGCAGGCGGGGAGAGUUCAGCCGGAAACACUAUGGAUCAGUUGAACUGCUCAUCUCUAGUGAUGCAGAUGGGGCCAUACAGAGAGCUGGGAGAUUCAGAGUGGAGAACGGUUCAAUAGAUGAGACCUCUGACUAUACGCCUGGAACAUGGAGGAGAACUGACGUCCAUCUGGAGAACCCAGAGUAUCACACCAGAUGGUACUUCAAGUACUUCCUGGGAAAAGUUCAUCAAAACUAUGUGGGGACGGAUGCUGAGAAGAACCCCUUCUUCCUGUCUGUGGUUCUGUCAGACCAGAACAACCAAAGGGUCCCACAGUAUCGAGCCAUCCUCUGGCGCAAGAUGGGUACUCUAAAAAUCAGCCUUCCAUACAGUCCAACAAAAACACUAUCAGUCAAAUCUAUAUUAAGUGCCAUGAAUGUGGAUCGUUUUGAAAAGGGCCCGAGGGAGAUCCUUAACCCAGAGAUUCAGAAGGACUUACUGGUGCUGGAGGAGCAAGAGGGUAGUGUAAAUUUUAAAUUUGGUGUUCUUUAUGCCAAAGAUGGACAGCUGACAGAUGAUGAAAUGUUCAGCAAUGAAUCAGGAAGUGAGACUUUCGACAAAUUUCUGAAUCUCCUUGGCAACACGAUCUGUCUGCAGGGCUGGGCAGGGUAUCGAGGAGGACUGGACACUAAGAACGACACUACAGGAAUAAAUUCCAUAUACACAGUCUAUCAGGGUCAUGAGCUCAUGUUCCAUGUUUCCACCAUGUUACCUUAUUCUAAAGAGAACAAGCAACAAGUAGAGAGGAAGAGACACAUUGGGAACGACAUCGUGACCAUUGUGUUUCAGGAGGGAGAUGACGCCUCUCCGUCCUUCAAACCCUCUAUGAUUCGCUCCCAUUUCACACAUAUUUUUGCCUUAGUUCAAUAUAAUAGCCAGAAUGAUAGUUACAGGUUGAAGAUUUUCUCAGAGGAGAGUGUGCCGCUGUUUGGCCCUCCCCUCCCUUCCCCACCAGUGUUCACAGACCACCAGGAGUUCAGGGACUUUUUACUAGUUAAAUUAAUAAAUGGAGAAAAAGCCACUCUUGAGACCCCCACUUUUGCUCAGAAACGUCAGCGUACGCUGGACAUGCUGAUCAGAUCCCUGUACCAGGAUCUCAUGCCUGACAUGCCCAAGGUUCCCUUCUCUCCGCAGAACAUGCUGAACCGACGCUCAUUCAGCGAUGUACUGCCAGAGUCACCCAAAUCCGCCCGUAAAAAAGAGGAGGCACGUCAGGCUGAGUUUGUUCGAGUGGGACAGGCCUUGAAGCUGAAAACUAUAGUUCGAGGGGAUGCGCCCACCAGUCUAGUCACCACUGGCCUUUGCAGGAAAGAGCCAUGGGAGUCACAGUCGUUCUGCAGUAGCUUCCCGUAUGAUAUAGUCUGUGGAGAUUCAUGGGGACAGUCAUUACUGGUCGCCACAGAUUCAGCAGGGGUCAUGCUGCUGGAGGCCUCAGAUCCACUCUUCUCCAAUGCAGAUUCACCAACCCUGCCUCCGGUGCAGGUAUUUGACAAAACCUUGACUGUAAAACAAAUGCACGUGCUUGAACCUCAGGACCUCCUCAUUGCAAGAGCAGAUAAGGGGAAAGAUGCUCGACUGUAUGUUUACAGACUGAGCACGCUCAAACGAGGGAUCGAGGAGCGGCAGCUUGUCCGCACCAAGUGUGACAGUCGAGAGAACAAGCUUGAGAAAACCAAAGGCUGCCAUCUCUACUCCAUAAACACGCAUCAUGGGGUGGAGCUCAGAAUCGUUGUGGCGAUAAGAAACAAGCUCCUUCUGAUCACCAGGAAACAGUCACGCCUCGAUUGCCUCAGUUCUGCUACAGUCACAGGGACCACUGACUCACCUGUGGAAGAUUUCCAAUACAUACGGGAGAUCUGCUUAUGUGACUCCCCGGUGGUCAUGGCCCUGGUUGAUGGCCCAACAGGAGAGAAUGAUCACAUGAUCUGUGUGGCCUACAGACAUCAGUUUGACUUGAUCAAUGAGAGUACAGGAGACGCCUACAGACUACACCAUGUAGACUCCAACCGGGUGAACUUUGUUGCUGCCAUAGAUGUGUAUGAAGAUGGAGAGGCUGGACUACUUCUUUGCUAUAACAAUAUUUGCAUCUAUAAGAAGGUGUGUCCGUUUAACGGUGCAACACCUAUGAUUCAGCCCAACACUUCAGACUUCCAUUUCAGCUGGAACCAAAUGCCCAACGCUAUUGUGUGUGCGUUCCCAUAUAUACUUGCAUUCACCACUGACUCCAUAGAGAUCCGGCUAGUUGUUAAUGGCAACCUAGUAUAUACAGCUGUCGUUCCAGAAUUGCAACUGACUGCGUCCAGAUCUGAUAUCUAUUUCAUCUCGUCAGCACCUAUAAACUCUGCCUCUAACUGUAGCUCCAGAGACACUAGUUCCCAGAGUUCCCCUCAGACUCCCACUGGCUACGAGAUGCCUGUCUUCCCUUCACCGCUUGGAGAUGAUUGUAUUCGGAUCCCCUACGGCACCAAGCUAUCCCUCUACAUGUCUAAAGACUCUGAAGGUGAAGCUCCCUCAAAACACAUCUAUAAGAUCCCGUUGAGCAACCUAGUUGGACGGAGCAUAGAGAGGCCCCUCAAGUCUCCAUUGGUCAAUAAAGUGCUCACGGCACCUGUCCCCAGUGUGAUCGGACCCACUCCCAUGAUCGCAAGCACAACCUCCCUCUCACUGUCUCGCAUGGAGAUCAAAGAGAUCGCCAGCCGCACACGGAAAGAACUGCUGGGUUUGACUGAGGAACCCAGCAGUAAGGCGGAUGGUAACUCAGUGAAACAGAGAAGAAUGAGCAAGAAAACCAAGGAGGAAGAACAGAGGAAAACAGCAGAGAUCAGCACCACUGAGCAAGUGGGAAUGGAGUCUGUAGAUGGAGAAACUGAUGUCCAGCAGCUUUGCUCAUCUGGCUCUGAGGUGGAGCCUCGAGAUGAUAGCCCACCCACGGCCAGCCCUUUUACCUUCUCCACAUCUUUUGAGGAGGAUAUUUUGGACCUUAAGUGAUGACAAUGACAGUCUGUGGAUCACAGUGCACCUCUCACCUCCUACUAACUUUUACUUUAAAUCAUUCUUUUUACCAUGUUACGUUGAAUUUUGUGUUUUCCUCAGUCUGCCCACUCAUCUGUUUGUGCAAAUGAAUCCCAGAGCUUUAAACUUGAAGGAGUUUACAGUGUGGUGAUGUCAAAAUUUACUCCUGAUGGAUGUAUGCAUGUGUGUGUGUAUGAUCCUCUGUUUACUCUAUAAGAAAGAUAGAAAUACAACUAGAAAAUCAGAUUAUCAACUAUCAUUUCCAAAUUCUGUUCGAAGAAGAAAAACAACUGACCAAAAAUGUCCAAAAACCCCCCUAGAAUCUAAAUUAGUCAAGGCUUGAUUUAGUUUCUGUGAUUGAUGAGACACAUUCUCCAUCAGCGUUGGGACAAAUUUGUAGCUUUGUAGCAAACUUGUAGCCAUAUAUAAGAUAUUUUAAAAAUGGCGUGAAAGGUUUGAGCCACAAUUUAAGGUCAAGGCAAAAUAUUUAUUUUCACUCCAAGGCUUGAAUGUAAGAUUGACGCUCCUAAAAACAAUGGAACAGAUUUUUAAACUCCUUAUUUUGUGUUUUUAAAUGUUUUCUAUGUUUGUGAUUUGUAAAUUGUGUUAUUAUUUCAAAGUUGUAAAAAACUCUAUAUGCAUCUCGAACCAUACGCACAUGAACAUACAAAUGUAAAC